AUGAGCUCGUUCAGGAUGGAAGGAAUACUAUCUCCUCUUGUGUUCUCUGUUCUGGCUUUCGCUCUAGGGUAUCAAGCACAUUCUUUCUUUGCCGGUCCUAAUCCUUCAUUACUCACACCAACAGAUUCUGCGUCAUCAUCAACAUUAUCUCCGAAAUCAAAGUCAAAAUCAAGAUCAAAGCUAUCAUCUAAUGCAAACCCGCCUUCGAUUGGAUCUGGAUCUGGAUCUGGAUCAGGAUCAAGUUCAGGUACAGAUAGUGAAUCUGAUGCAGAAGAUACGGCAGCUGCCUUAUCAUCCGAUUUGACUUCUGCAAAAUUCAGCUCAGGAGAAGAAAUGAAAUUGGUUUUAGUCGUGAAUGAUGAAUUGAAAAUGACCAAAGGAAAAGUCGCAGCUCAAGCUGGACACGCUACGUUAGCUUGUGCAAUAACUCUUAAAGAAGCUAAUCCUAGAUUGUUCAGAGCAUGGCAAAACCAAGGUCAACCCAAAAUCGCCCUUCGCUGCGCCAAUACUGAAGAGCUCGAGAUUUUAGCUGCUCAAGCUAGAAGUCUCAAUCUUUGCGCUCGAACCAUUAGAGAUGCAGGAAGAACCCAAGUGGCUCCCGGGAGCAAAACUAUCGUUGGUAUCGGACCCGGUCCUGCAAGACUCAUAAAUACUGUCACUGGGAAACUCAAGCUCCUUUAG